AUGGCGAGUGAAAAACAAGCGGUUGUAGGUGGCCAACCUACGAACGAUAUUUCGUCAUUUACUUUCCCUAGUCGUGGGGAUGGCGACGAAUCUUCGAAAGCAGAGGCACUUAGUGACCUUCAGUCGUCCCAUUCAAAUGUAGUUGGAACAACAGAAGCAGCUGAUGGCUCGCCACGGUGGAAGAAGUGCCUACCAUCGUUCCUCGGUAUGGGGGGUUCGGGCUCAGACGACGGCGAAACCGUUAAGAAGGCGAAACCGUUCAACUUCCGACACCAUCAAAUGAUUAACUUGACUUCUGGUAUUGGGAUGGGUCUCUUUGUCACAUCUGGUCGACAGUUGGCUAUUGGUGGUCCCGGCUCGCUCCUUAUCAACAAUAUUCUCAUGACCAUUGUUCUCUACUUCGUCUCUUGUGCUAUGUGCGAAAUCUCCAUGAGAUAUCCGGUAUCUGGUAGUUUUAUUCGCUACGCCUCAAGAUUCAUUCACCCCGCCCAUGGUUUCGCUCUCGGAUACAUCUAUUUCUGCGCCUAUAUGUUCACCUUUGGAGCUGAAUCCAAUGCCAUCGCCUAUACCGUCCGGGUUUGGCUUCCCUCUGUACAAUUCUGGGUCGUAGCUUUGAUUUUCCUCGCCGUCAUCUUGGCCAUUCAUGCAUCCCCGCCCCAUAUUUUCGCAGAAGUAGAGUUCUUUAUCGGCAGCUUCCGUGUCAUAUCUGUGACAGGCUUCAUCAUCUGGACAAUUUUCAUGAUGUGCGGCUUCAAGAAGGGUAACAUGCAUGAGACUCCUAAAUUUGGCCAAUACUAUAACAAGCCUGGGCCAUUCAAUAUGGGAAUCAAAGGUCUCGUCAACGCUGCUAUUCUGGCUGCAUUCUCCAAUGGUGGUGUUGAAAUCGGCGCUGUCGCCUCUGGUGAUGUACACAAGCCACGAUUCUCCAUCCCUCGAACCUUGAACACAUACCGUUUCCGCAUGGCUCUCUUCUACAUCUCCUCCCUCUUCUGCAUCACUCUUCUCCUCAGCUCCGAUGAUCCAGCCCUCGAAAGCCACGACGUCCUUCUCUCCCCCUUCGUCCACGCUCUCAGAGUUUAUGGUUAUCCCGGCCUCGCCCAUGUCUUCAACCUCAACAUUUUGCUCUCCGUUCUCUCCGUUGCCAACUGCUGCAUGUAUGUCUGUGGUCAGGUCCUUUCUGUCAUGGCUGAAGACGGUAAUGCACCAAGAUGGUUUAUGCAUAAAAAUCGUCAAGGAAAACCAGCCCGUGCCAUUGCGUUCUCGUACACCUGCGGUAUUGUUGUCGUUAUGAUCGCUGCCUUCUCGAAUGAUGCAUUCGAAUGGUUCGCCAACAACACCGGUAUGGUGUUCUUGAUUGUCUGGCUUUCUAUCCUCAGCAUUCACUUGAUGUACCGUCGCGCCAUCGCUGUUCAGGGAGACCCCGACUCAAAGACUCCUUACUUGUACAGCAUGAGGUUUCCUCUGCCAAAGGAUGCUAUCGGCAGCGUUAUCCUUUGGUUCUUGCUCGGUGGACAAGUCUACGUCGCACUUUCUCCUCUCAGUGGCUCUGGUAGCGCAGGUACUUUCUUCAAUGCCGCCACUCCAAUCCCAGCCUGGUUCAUUCUUGUCACAGCCUACAUGAUCUGGCGCCGCCGUACUGCAAGAUUUGUCAAGGCGAACGAAGUCGACCUACAGACCCACCUCCCCAAGGAGGACCCCAAAGAAACAGCCUACAUCCACCAAUACAGAAAAAUCGCCAGGUGGAGAAGAGCCUUGACAUACAUUCCAUUCGUCAGCAUCCCUGUUAAUGAGAAUGAAGCCGUUGAAGUUGUUAUGACAUCCCAGUCAAGACAACCUUCGUUCGGUAGCUUAAGUAGCUUGGGACCUGUUAGGUCUAGAUCUGACGAAGGCCCACAUGUCGAUUCGAUGACGGCUUUACAGAUGAAAUCUGGGAAACCGUCGCCGACUAUUGAGGCCAUUGAUAAAGCUUAG